CCAACACUGGAUGGUUUUGUAAUGAACCGGGUGAUGGGUGAUUACUUCGAAAAUUUACUUUAUCAGAUUUUCGUGGCAAUCGAUGAACAAACAACCGUGCGCGAGCUCGCGGAAACGUUGGACAUCGAUUUACAGUUGGUGAAAAACGCAAUUUCGGUUUUUUGCCGUCUUGGUUUUGCUAAAAAACGUGUCACUGGCCUUGAAAAUCUUGCGUUGCAUGUUACAUGGGCUAGCCAUAUGAUCAUUCCAGAGUAA